AUGGUCUUGGUUCCUGGCGUCCAAGUAGAGCAAUUGGGAAAAGUGAAGUCUGGCCCGGAGCCGGACUCCCGCUUCAUGUCGCGGAAGGAGUAUGUGCAGCUGGCUGAGGCAGAGGAGAAUGAUUCCUUUGCUCGUGCAUGGGCGCGGGCGAGUCUGAAUUGUCACCGACAUAUCGGUUCUCCCAGCAAGUCUUGA